AUGGCCGCCACACUCCCCUCAAGGUCAUCAGAACAUCACUUCUCCAUCUCAAACAUCAUCUCCAAAUUUCGGUCAAAGAAAGGCACGAGCAACAAAAAGUCCGAUGCGCAACCGUCGCGGGAGAUCUUGCAAGAGACGCGCCUGCCACUAAAGCCCGCGCCACUACCCUUAGUCCUACCAGAACAUCAACAGACCCUCUCAGCUCUCGGCUGGACGACCGUCACUUUCCCUGAAUCCUCAUCAUCCCAAUCUGAGGCGAAAAAUCACGAGCACCAAGCCCCAGCGCCUGGGCCUCACCCUCUGCAGGCCGCAUACGAACAGCUCUUCGCAGCAAGUCAAGCUUUCUUCAACCAGCCCGAUAAGGAAAAGCAGCGAUGGAAGCACAAGCUCAAGUCUGAAGAAGGAUGGUCCAAAAUUCCCGGCGAAAAGGAAUUCAUCACUUUGCGAACUCUAGAGUAUUGUCCAGAAGUCUUGAGAGGGCCUGCGAAGAGGUAUUGGGACCUCAUUGGACAGCAUUGCUCGAACACGUUGGGUAGAAUCUCGACGUCCCUUGGGCUACCAGAUGGCGAAGACGAAGGGCUGAGACAGUUCGUUGGACCCUGCGGCGCGCUGCAAGCUACUGAUAAGGAGAAGACUGCGACGAUGCUGCGGUUGUUCAGAUAUGAGGGGUGGGAGGCGAAAGUUGUGGCUGAACCGCAUGCUGAUCUGGGACUGCUAAGCGUGGUUGUUGGUGAUGUGCCUGGCUUGGAAGUUUGGGACGGGGCCAACUGGUUCGAGGUUGAGAAAGUAGUGGAGAGUUCUGGGGGGAAAGGUGCUACCAUGCUCGCUGGACGCCAACUCGAAAGACUUUCCAAUGGUAGAUACCCAGCUGGUGGUCAUCGAGUGGUAGCUUACGGGUCUCCGGAGCCUUCGCCAAACCCUGCCGUCUCCACCUCCCAAGCCUCCACCGAUCUUCCCGAUCCUGCUCCUUCGACAGGCGACAAAAGAUACCGCUUCUCGAUCGUCUAUGUUCUUCGCGCCCACGAACCUCUCAUAAUCAACUCUGAUUCCUUCGAAACUGAGGUCACUGGCAAGUGGCUUGAACCUAUGAAUGGUAUUACCGCGGGUAGAUUCUACGAGAAGAUCAGAGGCCAGCACUUCAACAUCAACAUUGAUAUGGAUGAGAGGGAGAAGCAGAGAAAUAAGCUCAACGUCAAAGGUGGGAAGAAGCAAGCCUGGGAAGUUAAGGAGGGUAAGGUAGCGAGUAGUGGUUAG